AGGUGCGGGAAGCUGAAGCCGGGAAACAUGGUGGCCGCCUGCUUUCUCAGCAAGGGUUUGACUACCCUGGUAGGGUUGUUGCUUUUGUCCUUCGGCAGCUUGGCCGCUAGUCAGAUCGAGGAUCAAGCAGAACAGUUCUUUAGAAGUGGCCAUACAAACAACUGGGCUGUUUUGGUAUGUACAUCCCGGUUCUGGUUUAAUUAUCGGCAUGUUGCAAAUACUCUCUCUGUUUACAGAAGUGUCAAGAGGCUAGGUAUUCCUGACAGUCACAUUGUUCUGAUGCUUGCAGACGAUAUGGCAUGCAACCCUAGAAAUCCCAAACCAGCUACGGUGUUUAGUCACAAGAAUAUGGAACUAAAUGUAUAUGGAGAUGAUGUGGAAGUAGAUUAUAGAAGUUAUGAGGUAACUGUGGAGAAUUUUUUACGGGUAUUAACUGGCAGGAUCCCACCUAGUACUCCUCGUUCAAAACGUCUUCUUUCUGAUGAUAGAAGCAAUAUUCUUAUUUAUAUGACAGGACAUGGUGGAAAUGGUUUCUUGAAAUUUCAAGAUUCUGAAGAAAUUACCAACAUAGAACUUGCAGAUGCUUUUGAGCAAAUGUGGCAAAAAAGACGCUACAACGAAUUACUGUUUAUUAUUGAUACUUGUCAAGGAGCAUCCAUGUAUGAACGAUUCUAUUCUCCUAACAUAAUGGCUUUAGCUAGUAGCCAAGUGGGAGAAGAUUCACUCUCGCAUCAACCUGAUCCUGCAAUUGGAGUCCACCUUAUGGAUAGAUACACAUUUUAUGUCUUGGAAUUUUUGGAAGAAAUUAAUCCAGCUAGCCAAACUAAUAUGAAUGACCUUUUUCAGGUAUGUCCUAGAAGUCUCUGUGUGUCUACCCCUGGACAUCGCACUGAUCUUUUUCAGAGGGAUCCUAAAAAUGUCCUGAUAACUGAUUUUUUUGGAAGCGUACGGAAAGUGGAAAUUACAACAGAGACUAUCAGUUUGCAACCAGAUUUAGAAAGCAUGGAAAGCAGAUAUAAGAAAGACUGGAUGGAUGAGGAACUCAUGGAACCACUGAAAUAUGCUGAACAACUUCCUGUAGCUCAGAUAAUACACCAGAAACCAAAGCUGAAAGAUUGGCAUCCUCCUGGGGGUUUCAUUCUGGGAUUGUGGGCACUCAUUAUAAUGGUUUUCUUCAAAACUUAUGGAAUCAAGCAUAUGAAGUUCAUUUUCUAGACAUGAUGUGUGAAGAAGACGGCAUGGAAGACUGCAACCUUGGAUAAAAUUUUAUGUCAUUAUGCUUUUUAAAAAGUAUAUUGUUCUUGGGGCGCCUGGGUGGCUCAGUCAGUUAAGCGGCUGCCUUCGGCUCAGGUCAUGGUCCCAACGUCCUGGGAUUGAGUCCCACAUCAGGCUCCCUACUCGGCGGGAAGCCUGCUUCUCCCUCUCCCACUCUCCCUGCUUGUGUUCCCUUUCUCGCUGUGUCUCUCUCUGUCAAAUAAAUAAAUAAAAUCUUUUAAAAAAAAACAAAAA